AUGUCUUCAGAGACGUUGACAACGAUUUCCCCCAUCACCAACGAUCCUAUAAUAACGCGCCCGGGGGUAUCCCAGCAGGAGCUUGCAUCAAUGCCACAAAAAGCACAAGACGCUUUCCGCUCCUUUUCUAGAUUGACAACUCUGGGUCAGCGCCAGCAGAUUGUUGCUCUCGCUCUUGGGCUUCUCGCAAAGAAGAAGGAUGCUCUAGGCCGUGAACUUACAGAGCAAAUGGGCCGCCCGAUUGCCUACACUGGUAGCGAGAUCACAACAGCUAUAAAGCGCGGUGAAUACCUAAAUCGUAUUUCUAGCACCGUAUUGGGAGAUGAAGGGAUCAUAGACUCGGAGGCAGAGCCUGGAUUUAGAAGGUAUAUCAAAAAGGAGCCUGUAGGGGUGGUGCUGAUUAUUUUCCCUUGGAAUUAUCCCUAUUUGGUGUUGAUAAAUAGCUUAAUUCCAGCGCUACUGGCCGGAAACGCUGUUAUUCUGAAACCCUCUCCACAGACCCCAACAGUCGUGGAACAUAUUGCCUCCAUUUUUAACGAAGCAGGGUUACCACAAGAUGUUCUGCAAUACUUCCACUGCGGCUCCCCUAUCGACAUCGAAACAAUUGUCCGUUCCCCCCUUAUCAACCACAUCUGCUUCACAGGAUCCGUCGCAGCGGGUCUAGCCAUUCAAAAAGCGGCUGCUGAUAGAAUUGUAAACGUUGGUCUGGAACUUGGUGGGAAUGAUCCGGCAUACAUCCGCAGCGAUGUUGACAUCGCGUGGGCUGCGGAGGAGAUUGUUGACGGAGCCAUUUUCAACAGUGGCCAGAGUUGCUGUGCGAUCGAAAGAGUAUAUAUCCAGGAAGCCAUUUAUGAUGCAUUUAUCGAAGAGGUGAAGAAAGUGCUAAGUAAAUACCGAGUGGGUGACCCAUUUGACGAGAAGACGCAGAUCGGCCCAGUUAUUUCGAAAAGGGCAAAAGCGAAUAUUUUAGCGCAGAUUGAAGAUGCCGUUAAGAAGGGCGCCGUGGACGAGACCCCUUCAACCCCGACUUUAGAUAACCUUCCCGCAGCCGGGAAUUUUGUCAAACCCACUCUUCUGACUGAAGUAACUCAUGAUAUGCAAGUCAUGACCGACGAGACAUUCGGGCCAAUUAUACCGGUCCAGAAAGUUAAAGAUGACGCGGAGGCCGUUCGAUUGAUGAAUCAGAGCAACCUGGGCCUAACAGCUAGUGUUUGGACGAAGGACGUUGCUACGGCUGAACAGCUGAUCCAACAGAUUGAAGCUGGCACUGUAUUCGUCAACAGAGCUGAUUACCCGAGUCCGGAUCUUGCAUGGACGGGAUGGAAAGACUCAGGACGCGGGGUGACGUUGAGCAGGUUUGGAUUUGACCAAUUUGUCAAACUGAAAAGCUUCCAUUUGAAGGACUAUCCCAAAUAA